AUGACAACAGAUAUGAUAGAAAGCAAUAACACCAAAUCCAGCGUUCCCCUCCUGACCCAAAGAUACCUGAGGAUGGUGACCAAGGAUGGACACAGCACGUUCCAGAUGGAUGGUGCCCAAGGAAAAGGUCUGGCAUACCUCCGAGAUGCAUGGGGAAUAUUAAUGGACAUGCGUUGGAGAUGGAUGAUGCUUGUCUUUUCUGCUUCUUUUGUCAUUCACUGGCUAGUCUUUGCAGUGCUUUGGUAUUUACUGGCUGAGAUGAAUGGGGACCUGGAGCUGGACCAUGACGCUCCACCUGACAACCACACUAUAUGCGUCAAGUACAUCACCAGUUUUACAGCUGCUUUCUCCUUCUCACUGGAGACGCAACUCACAAUUGGUUACGGCACUAUGUUCCCAAGUGGGGACUGUCCCAGUGCUAUUGCACUGCUUGCAAUACAGAUGGUCCUGGGGCUUAUGCUGGAAGCCUUCAUCACAGGUGCUUUCGUAGCCAAGAUCGCCCGACCAAAGAAUCGGGCAUUCUCCAUCCGCUUCACCCGCUCUGCUGUAGUGACACACACCGAGGGGAAGCCAUACCUUAUGUUCCAGGUGGCCAACACACGCUCCAGCCCACUGACUAGUGUCCAGAUUUCUGCUAUACUUUACCAAGAACAAGAGAGCGGGCAGCUGCACCAAACUAGUGUUGACUUCCACCUAGACAGCGUCACUUCAGAUGAGUGUCCUUUUUUCAUCUUCCCACUGACCUACUACCAUUCAGUCACUCCCUCCAGCCCCCUGGCUGCUCUCCUCCAAAGAGAAGCUGCUCACCAUUUUGAACUGGUCAUCUUUCUGUCAGCUGUGCAGGAGGGCACAGGAGAAAUGUGCCAAAGGAGAACAUCCUACCUCCCCUCAGAGAUCAUGCUGUACCAUCGCUUUGCCUCUGUCCUAGCCCGCAAUGCUAAAGGUGAAUAUCAGAUCAAGAUGGAAAAUUUUGACAAGACUAUUCCUGAGCUCCCAGCUGCAGCUGACUCAAAUUGUCCAAGAAGGACUGACAAGGAGAUCCGCAUCAAUGGACAGCACGUCGACAGCUUCCAGCUCUCUGAGGUUGGCCUCACAGAAUAG